GUGCCUCUCUGUAUGUUGUGUCUCACUGUGUCGUAAACACAGUAAGUUAAAAACUUAUAAAACUGCUCAAACCUUGAAGUGUAAUUCAGAAAUUUAUAAAAUUUAAAUUUCAAUCAAAACAGUCUGACCUUUCUAAUGAAUCUUCAAAAUGGUAAGUAUCAUGUAUCACUGUUCCUAUGAAUUCAUAAAUAAUGCUAGAUGAAUCGCUGCGCUCAACGUCGAUUGUUGACCAUAGUUCUUCCUCGCUAAACGGGGAACUUCGAGCCUUUGACAUAAUCCAGGAGAAUGGAGUAAAUCAUUAAAAAUGUACAAUAAUUCUAAGCGCAGAAAAAAUUAUUUGUUACGAUUAGGAAAAGUUGUCACAAAAAUUGUAUUAUAUUCAGUGAUUAGUUUUUUAAUGUGCAUAAUAUACCCCGUUUUGCAAUUUAUAGUUGAAGUAGUUGUGUUAUAUUGUUGAAAGACAGUUCUGACUCUAAUUUUGUUUGAUUCAUUUUUGAGGAACUAUAGGUUUUAACAUUAUACUUCUCUGUUUGGGUUUUGCCAAGUGAUAGGAAAUUGUUGAUAAAGGAAUAAGUACACAUUGUCUAAAUAUCAGUUAUGUAUUAUGAGUCUUACCUAUUAUAAUUCUAUUAUAUCACAUUAAAAACUUCAUUUGCCAUUAAAGUGAUGACCAAAUCGAGAUAACUAAAAAAUUAAUCAAAUAUUUUUAUUUUAUGUACCUAUCUGUGUUGUAAUUUUUGGUAGCGUACACUGUUAACAGAAUAAGUGCCUACCAUAGAAUAAUAAUAGCAGUAUCCACCAAAAUUCUCUAGGGAGGUUCGUAAAACAUCGAGAAGUAUUUAGAGGUAUUAGUAUUUUUUAUUGCUUUCUGGUUUACCGUUCCUUCAGUGAACUAAAUUCCAGUCAUGACCCAAUUAACAAAAUGCAAAAUUUAUUAACAUAAAUAAAAGUUAUUAGUCAACAAAUUUUUGAUGAGAAAAUCAUAUCAUAACUAUCCAUUUGUUCCUCAUAAAACAAUUUCCUCUUUUAGUUUUCAAUCUAAUGGGACACCAGAUUAAUUAUUGAUAAUAAACAUUAUCGAUCCAUUGCCUUUCGCCCCAGCUAUGUUAGUUGAUUACCCAUCAGAUGUAUUGAGUGAGAGGCAGUCAGAAGUAAAACAUUUUUGUGACAUAUUAGAUUGAUCAUCAGUGUUCUUAACUGUUACAAACAAUGGAAUUUACAUUGUUGUGAGUUAAAUAUCGUUUGUCAGAUAUCAACAAGAAAAUAACACCAAUUAUGCGGUUUGAAAAUAACUACACUAUAGCUAGAACUAUUUAUAGGCAAAUUUAUAGACACCAUUAAUUUAAAUAAAUUUUGAUCAGUGUGACAAUACAUUUUUAUUAUAUUUAAUUAUGAGAAAAAAAUAUUGAAUUAUUUUUUUGAACAUUAAAAAGUAUUGAAUGAUCAACUUUAUAACUUAAAUAUUAACUAACUUAAAACAGUGACUUACCCAAAGUAUGAAGAUUAAAUAAUGCGAGCAUAAAACAAUUGUCUACUUGAUAAUAUUAUUUUAAAUAAAUUUGUGUAAUUUUAUUAUAAUAAUAAUAACUAUUGUUUAACAGAGAAAAUACUGUACUCGAUAACAGAAACGACAAUUUAAGUGUUGCCAUUUUUUUUUUUAUUUUUGUUCAAUGAUAGUAGCUAUGAAAAAUUAAGCAAAAUUGUUGGGGAGAGUAAAUGCUUUGAAAUUAGCAGGGGUGAUGGUUGAAAAAUAGAGGUUGACAUACAUAAUAAAAAUAACUAUUGAUGACAUAUCAGUGAAAAUUCUCAAACAAUGGAAGUUUACUGUUUUAUUAUCAUUGAUAAAAAAUUAGUUAAGUAUAUGAAUUGUAAUUUAUUUUGUAGAGCUAAAAUCAAGUGACACCCAAAAACAUUUUGUACUCUAAAAAUAAUGGCGGCCAGUGACUCAAAAGCACCAAUCCGAACUGUCAAACGAGUACAGUUCGGAAUAUUGUCAGCAGAUGAAUGUGUUAGUAUACAAACUGUGUAUUUUGUAUUCAUAACUCACUACUUAGAUACCCUUUUAUUAUUUAAUAAAUUCUAAUAAAUAUCCUUUAAAACUAUAGCGUCGAAUGUCUGUCACUGAGGGAGGCAUUCGUUUUGCUGAGACGAUGGAAGGUGGACGACCUAAGCUCGGUGGACUUAUGGACCCUCGGCAAGGUGUUAUUGAUCGUAACUCAAGAUGCCAAACAUGUGCAGGUUAGUAAAAGUUCUGGUUAAUUGUUGUUAUAUGUUAUUUUAAAUUUUUAAAUUUCCAGGUAAUAUGACUGAAUGUUGUGGUCAUUUUGGCCAUAUUGAGUUGGCCAAACCAGUGUUUCAUAUAGGAUUUAUAACUAAAGCUAUAAAAAUUCUACGCUGUGUUUGUUUUUACUGUUCUAAAUUAUUAGUUAGCCCUGUAAGCAUAAUAUUGCCUAAAUGCUCUUAUUUUAAUAAUACUUAAUAAUGAUUGUAAUAAUUUUUUUAUUUAGACUCAUCCCAAAGUAAAAGAAAUUGUUAUGAAAUCAAAAGGACAACAAAGAAAACGUUUAGCAUUCAUUUAUGAUUUAUGUAAAGGUAAAAAUAUUUGUGAAGGAGGUGAUGAAUUAGAUAUUAAUAAGGACAAUGUCAAUGAUCCAAAUUUGCCUGUGAGUUAGAUAAUAAAAUAUGUUUAGGAAUAAAGGAUUAUCAGAUUUAUUUAUUAUUUGUGCUCUUUUUUUAUAGCCAAAAAAACAAGGCCAUGGGGGUUGUGGUCGUUAUCAACCCACUAUACGGCGUACUGGUUUAGACUUAACAGCUGAAUGGAAACAUGUUAAUGAAGAUUCACAAGAAAAAAAAAUACCUCUAACAGCUGAGCGGGUUUAUGAAAUUUUAAAACAUAUAACUGAUGAAGAGGUAGUGAUAAUGGGUAUGGAUCCUAAGUUUGCACGACCAGACUGGAUGGUUUUAACUGUUUUACCUGUUCCACCUUUACCAGUUCGUCCAGCAAUUGUGAUGUUUGGAUCAAUGAGAAAUCAAGUAACUAAAUUUUUAUCUUGUAUUAUAAAAUAUUUCUUCAUGCAUUUUUGUGUUAUAGGAUGAUUUGACCCACAAAUUGUCUGACAUUAUAAAAUGUAACAAUGAAUUAAUACGUAAUGAACAAUCUGGUGCUGCCACACACAUUAUAGCUGAAAAUAUCAGAAUGUUACAAUUUCAUGUAGCAACUUUAGUUGAUAAUGAUAUGCCUGGUCUGCCAAGGUAUAAUUUAGAUUUAUUUUUAAAUAUAAUGAAUUAAUAGCUAUUGAAAAUAAACUAUUCUAUUGUUUUAUUUCUCAUUCAAAUAUAUCCAUUAUAUCCUUGAAAAUUGUUGAAAUAAUAAUGUGUGUUGUUUUUGUAAUUGUAAUUUUAUUAUUUAAUAUUUAAACAUGGAUUUACUUAUUUUAUUUUGUUGUUUAGAGCAAUGCAGAAAUCAGGAAAACCACUAAAAGCUAUUAAAGCUCGUUUGAAAGGUAAAGAAGGUAGAAUUCGAGGAAACUUGAUGGGAAAACGUGUAGAUUUCUCAGCUCGUACUGUAAUUACACCGGAUCCAAAUUUACGGAUUGAUGAAGUAGGUGUGCCUCGUACUAUUGCUCAAAAUAUGACCUUUCCAGAAAUUGUUACUCCAUUUAACAUUGAUCAGUAAGUAUCAUGUGUAUUAUUAUUAAGAUAAUCUUUUUAAUAUAUAUAUAUUCAUUCUAAUUUUGAUAUUUUUAGUAUGUUAGAAUUGGUUCGCCGUGGAAAUUCACAGUAUCCUGGUGCCAAAUAUAUUAUACGUGAUAAUGGUGAAAGAAUAGAUUUACGUUUUCAUCCUAAACCUUCAGAUUUACAUUUACAAUGUGGGUAUAAAGUUGAAAGGCACAUUAAAGAUGGUGACUUGGUGGUAUUUAACAGACAGCCUACAUUGCAUAAAAUGAGUAUGAUGGGUCAUAGAGUAAGAGUUUUACCUUGGUCUACAUUUAGAAUGAACUUAAGGUAAAAACUAAUUUUUAAUAUUUAUUUGAUUAAAUUUAUGAUAAAACAUAUUUGCGGUUUAUUAGUUGUACUUCCCCUUAUAAUGCUGAUUUUGAUGGUGAUGAAAUGAAUCUUCAUGUUCCACAGUCAAUGGAAACAAGGGCAGAAGUUGAAAAUAUUCAUAUUACUCCAAGACAAAUUAUUACUCCACAGGCUAACAAACCUGUUAUGGGAAUUGUACAAGAUACUUUGACAGCCAUCAGGAAAAUGACAAAAAGGGAUGUAUUUCUUGAGAAGGUAAUAUGAUAAAAAUAUAAUAUUGCUUUUUGUUAUUAUUUCCAAGCAAUUGGAAAAUAAUUUUUCAGAUUUAUACAUAUUUUUGUCAUAUUAAUCUUAACUUCUUUAAUAAUAUAUUUAAAAUUAAAAAUAAAUAUUUUCUAUAAUUUAAAUAGUUUCUACACCAUUUAGUAAAUUAGUGCUCGUUAAUAGUAGUUUUGAUAAUGAAUUUACUAUUAUCUCUAAAAUUUAAGUAGUGAUUCAUAAAUUAUAACUGGUUUUAAAUUCCGAGUGUAAUGAAGAAGCUAUUUUAUAUUUGAACCAAUAACUAUUAUUCCAAGUACAUUUAUGAUGUAUUUAUAUUAAGCUUAAUAUAGCAUUUUAAUUUAUAAUUUAUAUAAAGUACAUAUGAUUUUUAUUAUUUUUCUAAUUUUUAAUUUGUUAGUGAAAAUUAUAACAAAACAAAAUUAUUAAAAAAUUAUGAUAAUUGUAGAACUUAAAAGAAUUUUGAUAUUAUUGAAUUCAAUACAUUAUAAUAAAAAAUGGUCAUUAAUAAUAGCAUUAUAUUAAUUUUGUUUUUAUCUCUAAAGCAUAAGAAAAUAAAAUUGGAGGUUUCUUAAAGAUUUUAGAUUUUAAUUAUGAAAUACCAUAUUAAUUUUGAACCUUUAACUAAAUAUUAACAUAUAUUUUAUAAAACCAGUGCUCGUUAAUAAUAGUACUGUUUAUAGUUUUACUAUUAUCUCCAAAACACUGGAAAAGAAAUUAAUCAUUCAAGAGUAUAAUUGUCAUGGUUUAUUUUUUUUAAAAUUAAAACCAAAAACUUAUUAUAUUCUUUAAACAUUAAUUAUACUCUUUUGUUAAACAAACAUGUAUUGUUUAAAAUUGUAGAAGAGGUACUUUUCCAUUAUCUUAUUAAUUUAAUAAUUUGGAUAUUAUUCAUAUUUUUAGAAAAUUGUAUAUAACAAUUAUAAUAGUUAAUUUGGUUGAUCUAUGAUACAUAAAAAAAAAUAUUAUUACAUUAGUUUCAUUCACUUUACAUUUGGAUCUAUGAUACAUAAAAAAAAAUAUUAUUACAUUAGUUUCAUUCACUUUACAUUUGGUAUUUCAUUCACUUUACAUUUGGUAAUUGUAGAAUAGUAAUUUGGAUAACAUUUUAUUAAUUGAUAUGUUAAACUAUAAACCAAUGCUCGUUAAUGAUAGUAUUAUAUUACUUUUGCUAUUAUCUCCAAAACAUUGGAAAAUAAAAUUGGAGGUUCCUUAAGGAUUUUAUAUUAUAAUUAUGAAAUACCAUGUAAAUUUUUAACCUUCAACAAAAUAUUAAUAUAUAUUUUGUAAAACCAGUGCUCGUUAAUAAUAGUACUGUUUAUAGUUUUACUAUUAUCUCCAAAACACUGGAAAAGAAAUUAAUCAUUCAAGAGUAUAAUUGCCAUGGUUUAUUUUUUUAAAAUUAAAACCAAAAACUUAUUAUAUUCUUUAAACACUUAUUAUACUCUUUUGUUAAACAAACAUGUAUUGUUCAAAAUUGUAGAAGAGGUACUUUUCCAUUAUCUUAUUAAUUUAAUAAUUUGGAUAUUAUUCAUAUUUUUAGAAAAUUGUAUAUAACAAUUAUAAUAGUUGAUUUGGUUGAUCUAUGAUACAUAAAAAAAAAAUAUUAUUACAUUAGUUUCAUUCACUUUACAUUUGGUAAUUGUAGAAUAGUAAUUUGGAUAACAUUUUAUUAAUUGAUAUGUUAAACUAUAAACCAAUGCUCGUUAAUGAUAGUAUUAUAUUACUUUUGCUAUUAUCUCCAAAACAUUGGAAAAUAAAAUUGGAGGUUCCUUAAGGAUUUUAUAUUAUAAUUAUGAAAUACCAUGUAAAUUUUUAACCUUCAACAAAAUAUUAAUAUAUAUUUUGUAAAACCAGUGCUCGUUAAUAAUAGUACUGUUUAUAGUUUUACUAUUAUCUCCAAAACACUGGUAAAGAAAUGUAUCAUUCAAGAUUAUUAUGGUCAUGGUUUGUUUUUUUAAAGUAACCCCAAUACCUAUUAUAGUCUUUAAACAUUUAUUUUGCCCCUUGAAUGUUUAAUAAACAUAAUAUAAUACCCCAUAUUCAUAUACAUGAUUUCUUUUUAUCAGUGCAUUAAUAUAAGAUAGUACCUACUUUAUUAUUAUAUAUUGAUGAUGGUAUUUAUAAUUUAUUUUUUAAGGAACAAAUGAUGAAUUUAUUAAUGCAUCUACCAAUCUGGGAUGGAAAAAUGCCUACCCCUUGUAUUCUUAAACCAAAACCAAUGUGGACAGGAAAACAACUAUUUUCUCUGAUUAUUCCUGGAAAUGUAAACAUGAUACGUACUCAUUCUACUCACCCUGACGAUGAAGACAAUGGACCAUACAGAUGGAUAUCGCCUGGAGAUACAAAAGUACAAUUUAUAAUUAAUUAAGACUGAAUGUUAGUUAAUUUGUUUUGGCAAUACAAAUUAUUAUAUAGAUGACAUUAAUUUUAGAUUCUGAGUAUAAUAUAGAAACUAUUAGUUUUACUAAGUGUUUUUUUCUUAGGCAAACACUUACAGUUAUUAAAAAUAAUGAUUUUUUGUCUGAUGGUACUUUAUUUGUAAUAUUUGUUUGAAUUUAAAAUACUUUUUUCAAAAAAUUGCUUUUUGUCUUUUUUUAUAAUAGUUUUAAUGAGAUAUUAAUGAUUUAAUUUUUUAUUAACAGAGUUACUUAAAAUAUAUAAAAUGUUUUUAAUGAAAAUAAUUUAUCAAAAUGUUCAAUAGUUUACCUAAAAAUUAAAAAUUUGGUUAAAACUGAAAUAAAAUAGUAGUUGAUUUUUUAGAUUUUUUAUUUGGGUUUGGGUUCAGUUUUUGUUUUAUGGAUUCUGAGUAAAGUUUUUAAUUAUUGCUAUCAUUAACUAUGAUUUUAAAUAAAUUACAAAGUAAAAUAUUUUAUUUUUAGGUAAUGGUAGAACACGGUGAAUUGGUCAUGGGAAUAUUAUGUAAGAAAACUUUAGGUACUUCAGCUGGAUCUUUACUUCAUAUUUGUAUGUUAGAAUUGGGACAUGAAGUGUGUGGUCGAUUUUAUGGUAAUAUUCAGACUGUGGUUAAUAACUGGUUAUUGUAUGAAGGUAAUUUAUACUUUAUUCUUAAUAAAUAAAGUUUAUUAAUAUUAUUAUUAUUACAUUUUUUUAAUGGAAUUCUUAUUUUCUAUUCCAGGUCAUUCUAUUGGUAUUGGGGAUACUAUUGCUGAUCCACAGACAUAUUUAGAGAUUCAAAAGGCAAUUAAAAAAGCCAAAGAAGACGUUAUUGAAGUUAUACAGAAAGCUCAUAAUAUGGAUCUUGAGCCAACACCUGGUAAUACUCUUCGUCAAACUUUUGAAAACCAAGUAAACAGAAUUCUGAAUGAUGCUCGUGACAAAACUGGAGGUUCUGCUAAAAAAUCUUUAACUGAAUACAAUAACCUCAAGGCUAUGGUUGUGUCAGGUUCUAAAGGAUCAAAUAUUAAUAUUUCCCAGGUAUAUUAUUCUUAUUUAUAUUUAGAUUUUAGUCGUAUUUAGUAUGCAUUAUAGAUUAAUAUAAAUGCUUUUGUAGGUUAUUGCUUGUGUAGGUCAACAAAAUGUUGAAGGAAAACGUAUACCAUUUGGUUUUCGUAAACGAACAUUACCACAUUUUAUUAAAGAUGAUUAUGGUCCUGAAUCAAGAGGGUUUGUUGAAAAUUCAUAUCUUGCUGGAUUAACACCUUCCGAGUUCUUCUUUCACGCCAUGGGAGGGCGUGAAGGUCUAAUUGAUACUGCUGUCAAAACUGCUGAAACAGGUAUUACUUUAUUUUUUAUUGUAACAUCUAUAUUAUAAUUUAAAUUAUGUUAUGUUAAAUAAGAUGUUUUUUUUUAGGUUAUAUUCAAAGACGUUUGAUCAAAGCUAUGGAAUCUGUUAUGGUCCACUAUGAUGGUACUGUUCGUAACUCUGUUGGUCAGUUGAUUCAAUUGCGUUAUGGAGAAGAUGGUCUUUGUGGAGAGGCAGUAGAAUUCCAGAGUAUUGCUACUAUAGAACCAUCGCACAAGAAAUUUGAAAAUGAAUUUAAAUUUGAUGUUUCAAAUGAAAGACAUAUGAGAAAAAUAUUUACUGAAGAUGUAUUAAAAGAUCUGAUGGGUAGUAAUGAUACUGUAGCUGAAUUGGAAAAAGAAUGGGAACAAUUAAAUAGUGAUAGAGAUACUCUUAGAGAAAUAUUUCCUUCAGGUGAAAGCAAGGUGGUAUUACCUUGUAAUUUGAAACGAAUGAUUUGGAAUGUACAAAAAAUUUUCCACAUUAACAAACGAGGACCAACAGACUUGAAUCCUGUAAAAGUAGUAAAUGGUAUGUUAUAACACACACACACACACACACACACAUAUAUAUAUAUAUAUAUAUAUAAUAUUUUUCUUUAGAAAUUAAAAUACAAUUUGUAAUAGUAAGAAAGAUUUUACCAGCUUUUGAUAACAUAAUAUUUGCUAAUAACAUUUUAUGUACAUAAAAAUCAAUUUUUAAAAUAAAUUACUCAAUAUUUUGAUGUAUUUUAUUUUGUUUGAAAAUAUUUUUUCCAUCUAUUUUCUUAGUAUGCAAGUUUUAAAUAGUUUUAAGAUUAACUAUAACUAAUAAUGAUUUAUAAAGCAGUCUUGUUUUAUACAUUUUACAUGUAAAUUAGAGCUAAACAAUUUAUAAUAAUUUAUUUGGAAAUUUUCGUUAACAUUUAAAAAAAAGAAUAGUUAACUUAAAGUGAAUUAAUUAAUAAUAAUAUCAAAUUAUGACUUUAAUGUUAAAAUAAUAUCUCAUUUUUUCAUUUUGAAUUAUGUUAAUGGUAUUUUUGCCUUGUUUUUACAGGAGUCAAGGAGCUUUUAGAUAAAUGUGUUAUAGUAGCUGGUCAAGAUCAGUUGAGCAGGCAAGCUAAUAAAAAUGCUACAUUAUUGUUUCAAUGUUUAGUACGUUCCACUUUGUGCACUAAAUUGGUAUCUGAAAAUUUUCGUUUAUCUUCUGAAGCAUUUGAAUGGUUAGUUGGUGAAAUUGAAAACAGAUUCAAACAGGCCCAGGUGCGUACAUUUUGAUUAAUAACAAUAAAAUAUAAUUUUGAUAAUUUUUAUUUUGUAGGCACAACCUGGUGAAAUGGUUGGAGCAUUGGCUGCACAAAGUUUGGGAGAGCCUGCUACUCAAAUGACAUUGAAUACUUUUCAUUUUGCUGGUGUAUCUUCUAAGAAUGUAACUCUUGGAGUACCUAGAUUGAAAGUAAUUUAUAUAUACAAUAUUGAAUAUACAUAAAUAAUCACUAUGUAUUAUACAUCAUACAUAAUAGUUGUUGUGUAAUUUUUAGGAAAUUAUUAACAUCAGUAAAAAACCCAAAGCACCAUCACUAACUGUAUUUUUGACUGGGGCAGCUGCGAGAGAUGCAGAAAAGGCCAAAAAUGUAUUGUGUCGUCUUGAACAUACAACUUUACGUAAAGUUACCGCAAACACAGCUAUUUAUUACGACCCUGAUCCUCAAAAUACAGUUAUUAGAGAGGAUCAGGAAUUUGUAAAUGUUUACUAUGAAAUGCCUGAUUUUGACCCGACACGGAUUUCCCCAUGGUUGUUACGUAUUGAAUUGGAUAGGAAAAGAAUGACUGGUAUUUAAAAAAAAAAAGUCUUAGAAUAUUUACAACAAAAUGAAGACGUACUUAUUUAUAUUUAAUAUUUAAGAUAAAAAAUUGACAAUGGAAGCCAUAUCAGAAAAAAUCAAUGCUGGAUUUGGAGAUGAUCUUAAUUGUAUAUUCAAUGAUGACAAUGCUGACAAGCUGAUUUUACGUAUUCGUAUAAUGAAUGGCGAGGAUGGAAAAAUGAAUGGCGGUGAUGAUGAAGAUACUGUUGAUAAAAUGGAAGAUGAUAUGUUCUUAAGAUGUAUUGAAGCAAACAUGUUAUCUGACAUGACUUUACAAGUAAGUAAAACUAUAUAUAAGAAUAAUUUAUUUUAAUUUAUUUUUUAUUUUUUAUUUUCCUACAAAUUAGGGAAUUGAUGCAAUUGCAAAAGUGUAUAUGCAUUUGCCUCAAACAGAUUCCAAAAAAAGGAUUGUCAUAACUGAUACUGGUGAAUUUAAGGCAAUCGCCGAUUGGUUAUUGGAAACUGACGGAACAAGUUUGAUGAAAGUGUUAAGUGAAAGAGAUGUUGAUCCUGUGAGAACAUUCUCAAAUGACAUUUGUGAAAUAUUUUCGGUUAAGUUUAUACUUAAAAUUAUAAUAAAGACAUUGUUAAUAAUAUGGUAUUUAAUUUCAGGUUUUGGGUAUUGAAGCUGUACGGAAGUCUGUAGAAAAAGAAAUGAACACUGUAUUGCAAUUCUACGGUCUUUAUGUAAACUAUCGUCAUUUGGCAUUGUUGUGUGAUGUUAUGACUGCAAAAGGUCAUUUAAUGGCUAUUACUAGACAUGGUAUUAAUAGACAAGAUACUGGUGCAUUAAUGAGGUGAAAUUGAACGUUGAUUUAUUUAUAUUAUGUACCAGAAGAGGUCGAAAUUAUAUGCUCUUAAAAUCCACAAAAAAAUGGAUUAAAUAUAUAUUAAAAAAAAGUUAACAUGAUACAGGUGUUUAAAGUUUCUCUCUAAUGGUGCUAAUGUAUUCAAUACAAUUAUCUUAAAUAAUAUACACAAAGUGACUUGAAAAAAAUUACAUAUUACACAAAAUUAUUACUUUGUGUUUAUCAUUUUUGUAGUUUUAGAAAAAUGUAUUGAAUAAGUUAAAGCCCUUAUGUUUCUAAACAUAUUCUUGUGAAUUUUAAGAGAAAUAGAUUUGGUGUCUAUCCAUCUGUAAUAAUUAAUAUUAACUAAUAAUAUGCUAUUUGUAUUCAGAUGUUCGUUUGAAGAAACAGUUGAUGUAUUGUUGGAUGCCUCUUGUCAUGCUGAAGUUGACCCAAUGAGGGGAGUAUCAGAGAAUAUUAUUAUGGGACAGUUGCCUAGAAUGGGAACAGGUAAAUUAUUACUUUUUUAUACAAAACAAGUUUUACUGUUGAAGAAAUCCUCUUCCAGUCUUCUUCAUUUGCUGUUAUCUUCCCCUAGUCCACAUUUUCUCGUUUUCUCCUAAUAUACUUGAUAAGUCCUACUUACCUAAUAUAAUCUUUCAAAAUAAAACAAAUUGUAUUGAAUGUGUUUGUUAUAGGUUGUUUUGAUUUACUUUUGGAUGCUGAAAAAGCUAAAGACGGUAUAGAAAUACCAAUGGAUAAUGGUUACAUGGGUGUAGGUGGUGGUGGCAUGUUCAUGGGUGCUGGCACACCUUCUAUGUCACCUGCUAUGACCCCGUGGGAUCAAACAUCUACACCAAUUUAUCAAAAUAACUGGUCUUCAAGUAGGGCACUUUUUACAAAGAUAGUAAAAUAUACAAAUUUUAUUAAUUUUUGGCUAUUUCUUUAAAGGUUUAGAAGCUGGUAUGACACCUGGUGGACCUGGGUUUUCACCUGCUGGUUCAAGUGAAACUAGUGGGUUAUCACCAUACUGGAUGACAACUGGAGGAACACCUGGCAGUCCUGGAUCACCAGGCAUGGCUACUAGUCCAUAUGUGCCAAGUCCUAGUUCCAUGUCACCAAACUAUAAUUUCCCAACCAGCCCACAGAACUUUGGAGCCUUGUCACCUUCUAUGACUCCAACUAAUUAUUCACCAACAAGUCCACAAUACUCUGCUACUCAACAAAACACUCCAAAAUAUUCAUCUAUGUCUCCCAGCUACAAUUAUUCCCCCACCAGCCCGUCGUACUCGCCUACUAGUCCUUCGUAUUCUAACAAUUCAUAUUCACCAACAAGUCCUUCGUAUGUAUUUAAAUAUUUUUAAAAAAAUUAGUGACAAAUGUAACAAAUCUAUUUAUUUUUCAGGUACAGUCCAACGUCUCCGUCCUACAGUCCUACAUCGCCUUCUUACAGCCCAACUUCUCCAUCAUACAGUCCAACAUCUCCGUCAUACAGUCCAACAUCUCCAUCGUAAGUUGAAUUUUGAUUCGGUAUAUUUUAUUACAAUUAUAAAUUUAAAAUUAAAUAUUCCAUUUUUCAUUUGCAGGUACAGUCCUACAAGUCCUUCAUACAGCCCAACAUCCCCGUCUUACAGUCCAACAUCUCCAUCAUAUAGCCCAACUUCCCCAUCGUAAGUAUUUAUAAUUUAUGUACACAGUUCAAACUAAAGUAUGUUAAAAUAUUGAACACAGCAACAUAAUUAUGUUGUUCAAAAGCAGAAAAUUAAAAUUAAUCUUAAUUUUGAUACGCUAACUUUUAUUAUUUUGAAACUAAUACAUUUUAUUAAAGUAGAUUUUAGAUUUUGAGCGUAAAUAUUAAUGCAUUGUUAUACCCCAGAUUUUUCAAUUGAUGGAAGGGACAAGCUAUAAAAACUAAAAAAAAAAAAAAUAUAAUAAAGUAGUGUACUGUAUUAAUAUAUUCUUUUUUGUAUAAUCCUUAAAUUCACACUUUGGUGGAAAUCUUAAAAAUUAUGGCAUUUCAAAACAGGUUUAACUUCACUUCACUCAGAAUUGUAUUUCGACAUCAAUGAUUAAUCAUUCUGUACAGUUAUAAAUUAAAUAACUAUAUAUUCUACCUAACUUACUCUCCUUCUAUAAUAGUUGAACAUCCAUUAGUGGUAUUAGCUUUUGAUUUGUUAUGUUUAUUGUUUAUUACUUACAUAGGUACAGCCCAACCUCGCCGUCGUACAGUCCGACUUCUCCAUCUUACAGUCCAAGUUCUCCUCAAUAUACGACAUCUUCACCAUCGUACACACCAAGUGCUUCAUCGGGUGGCAGCAAUUACAAAUAUUCGCCAACAUCGCCAUCAGUUGUUAGCCCCACUUACUCUCCUACCAGUCCAAUGUAUUCACCUUCGAGUGCUUCAUAUUCUCCAUCGUCUCUACAGCACACACCAAAUGCUGGUGUUACACAGUACAAUCAAACAUACAGUCCAAGUUCACCAAUUUAUUCCCCUACCAGUUUUUCAUUAGCUGCUAGUCCAAGGUAAGAAAAAUAAUUUUAAAUCUGUCAAACAUUGUUGUCUAUAAUUGAUUUAUUUUAGGUACUCUCCAACAUCACCUACGUUUUCGCCUGGAGUUGGUAGUCCAAAUUAUUCUCCAUCUUCACCAAGUUAUUCUCCAACAUCUCCAAAUUUUACUGGAUCAGAUGAAAAUUAAAAUUAAUCUCUUUUUUACAUUUUGCCUUAUUUUUUUGUAAUGGAACAGGGUAUACAAUUGUUGAAAUGUGUUAAA